AUGAAGGAGCGAUAUUCUGUCAAUGUGUCCGUAGAAUCAGAGGACUCUUUUCAGUUAUAUGACCUCCGCGUCGAAGUUGUCUGCCCGCCGGGCAAACGUAUAAUGUGCGGAGCCAAGAACGGCGACUUCUUUACUCUCCAAGGAGAGAUGCUCAAGCUACCGCCCAAUCAAGGAAUCUCCAUCUAUUCACUCGGUGCCGUCCUCCCGCUGCUCGCAGCGAAACAGCGCGUCACACCUCCUAGCGACUGGAUGUCCACGGAUGCAGAGGUGGCGUGUCCAGACCCGAACUGCCCCAGCAGGCUGCGCAUUAUUCGGACGGGCGUGGGGACGUUUAGGCAUGGCGACGUAACGCCAUUCUGUGUUUGA